UUUUAACUCCGUGUCUCUCUCGCCGCUAUAGGUGGACAGUGAAUCACCCAGUUGUCACAGGAUAGCAAAAGGUGCGGCUAUACACGCUUGGUUGUAGCGCUGCCGCCCCUGUCCCACUUCGGUAGCGCAGGUCGCUGCUUGGAGACAGGGAACGGGCACGGUCAAGCAAUUGCUUGCACAGCUGUGUCCGGCGGGGAGCGAAAUAGAACGCUGGUGCAUUCUCUCACCCUCUGCAGGAAUGGAAAGCUGACGAGCAUGUGGUCGAGCCUGUGUUGCUUAGCCAGUAUGCGUUUCUUUUCAGCGGCAGGGGUGCAUGUUUGUGACCCACGUGCACUUUGUACUUUUGCACCGCCGGCCCCCCCAAUUCGGUAACCUUACAGAUGCACCGCCUCAAUGUCCUCAAAGGCAACGGCGUUUUCCUCUUUCCCUCAACGGUUUCCUGCAGUGUUUCCUUUGGGUGCCUCUGGGCUGGACUUCCAGUUAUUGCGGACUCCAGAUCUGGCGCCUAAUUUACCCAGUUUGUCUCGUUUGCAUAAGAAAAGGAGGGGAAACCCCCACAGAAAUGGCGGGCCCGGACGUUCGUGAGGCAGCGACGCGCUGGCGUCUCAAUGAGACUCCCUUGGCCUGCUCCGCCCCACUUUCGACUCUCAAAAGCGCCUGUCUCUCUCCCUCUGCUAAAAAAUGUCUAACUUCGUCAAUGUUCUUCUUGCUCGCUUCGUUUCUGCUUCUGUCGCGGCCCCUGUCUGUGCAUGGUUCUGAAGAAGCAUCUACCUUAGAUACCCCGGAAGGCAGAGACGCCUCCUCCGGAGUCCUGGACGAAAAUGGGGUAGAACCGGCGCAAGAAAACUUGCUCGGUUCGUCUGUCGUGUCGCAGAGCGACCAGGAAAAUGAUGCGCUGCCUGGGGACCUACACGAAAACCACGAUGCCGGCCUGCCCUCCCCCGCGCCACGAGAGGCAGCGGGAGAAUCUGGAGUUCGUGACCUAGAGAAAGUCAUUGCGGAGGAUCUUUCCUUCCUCUCUUCCCUCGCGACUAUGAAAGAGCUCACAGCGCUUUCCGAUGUCGCUGCUGAAGCUAACUCGGACGCCGGCUCGCUGGUCGACCGACGCGUGUCUAUGCUGAACACGGACGGGGAAGACAGAAAGGAAGAUGCAGCGGAAGGCGAAGAGACUGGAGACGCGGCGAAUCGCAAGCAAGCGGAUUUGUCUAACUUGCUAGCAGUCGACGGGUACUCCGAGAUGGCUGCCAGGGCGCUCCCUGAAAGCCUGUUGGAGGCUCUAGAGGUUGGCGGCGCAGUUCAUGGUCCGCGAGAUGAGACCGAAGAAAACAACCAGGCACCGGCAGCGGACCAAGAGGAUCGGCUCGGUUUCCAACAGGAAGAUAUGGAACUAACCCCCGGAAACACCUUCGAAAGCGGCAAGGGGGCCGCCCUACGUGGCGUGAGGUACGGUGUCAGCGAUGGCUCGGGUGCCGGCGAGAGGCAUCCGUUGCCAAAAACCACUGAAAAGCAGCGGAAGCCACCGGACUCCGAGACACGAACGGAUGACUCCACUGCGGAAGAACUGGUUGUCAGAAGCUUCCUGCACGGUUUCCCCGAGUUGACUGCGUUGCUCGAGGACCCGCCACUAAACCAACAAAGUCACUCGGACGCGGCGGCCUCGUUCUAUGCUGACGUGGGUGAACACGCCUCGACCCUCUCCACAACCACAGCGGCUGAGGAUGCUCAAGACGAGCUGGGUGCCAACGACCCAGAGAACGCAGUUCUCGACUCCGAGGCGGGGGAAAGGGGCGAGGCCGGCAACGCAGAGACAGCGGCUGCUCAAGCAGAAGUUCUGCACGAAGCUUUGGAGAAAACAGAGUCCACUGCAGUGGUAGAAGAGAAUGCCGUGGAAGAACCUGUGGCUGCGAUUUCUCAGAGCAGAAGCAGACAGUCUGUCAACCAGGCCAAGUCACUCUCUGUGGACAAUACGCCGCGUGUGGGCAAGCGAAACGCUGUGAAAAUGCUCGCCUCGCUUGGAGCCGUCCUCUCGCUUCUGGGAGGAGCGGCUGCGGCGUACCGUCACUUCAACAGACAAGUGGAGGUUCCUACUGAAACUGGCGUCUCCCACGGUGAGUAGCAGAGAAGAUUGUGUGCCAAACGGGCCGGUGUCUCGGGCAUAGCCAGCUCCUUGGUUCACGAAAUGCUGGACAAAGAGCCAGAUGUCACACUGCUUUGUUAUUGUUUUUCAAGACGUCGGUGAUAUGCGCUGCCGUACAAACAGUGGAAACAGAUCGUUCAACCUUAUUGGAACCGAAAAAGUUGUCCCGGUAAAUGCGAAAAUAUGUCCUCGACUGCUAAAAGCGUAGUCGCGAUAUGGCUGUGAACAACAGCUUGGUUCACGGCUGAAGGAAUACAGCCGAGGUAACGAACAAGCGUUGCCAGGAGUGCACGUGGUGAAGGUGUAUGAAAUGAAAGGAUAUGCCCACAGCUCUACCAAGAGCUUUACGGCUACUUUGACUUCUCUCCCAGGUGGAACCGUGAGGCCUGGGUGUGAGCUGUGCGCUUGCUUUAUUUGCUUCUAGUCAAGCGGGUUUUGUUUUGUUUCUGUUUUCCGUUCGACUGUUGAUUUGUUUUCGGAAACCCUCUCCGGUAUUUUCUGUGGCAACCCUUACACCUCUGAAAGCCCCAGUUGCCAGUAUUCAGCAACGCUGAUGUUUCGUUUGCCGUCUCGAGACCACGGACAAUUCCGCAUUCCAGUGGUCCUCUGUGAAGGAAGCGACUUCCUUGGCGCCUUCCAUACUCUUUCAGGAUGUAGUUGAACUGUGUCCGUUGACAAAGCUUUCGCACACGUUUGGAGCUCCCCUGUAUGAUAGUCUCGUCUCAGAAUUGAGCUACAGGAGUGACAACAGAGACGCGCGGCGCAAAAUUCUCCAUCUUGUUGAUCUAUUACUUCGUUAAUCUCAUGGAUGGACUCAUGGACCCUGAAGUUUGUGCGCAUACUGGGCACGGGGGCCAGGCAUUAACACAUUACAAACACCAGGUCGUUAUGCUAAACGAAAUCCUCAGACUGUCACACAGAGCGGUGCCAGCAAUGAGCAAACGAGGUAUAUCAGGAACUGCUGCUAGUGUAAACAGACUAUGCGAAUGAGGCCUUCUUAUCCAGAAAGCGCAAGGCUGAGGAAAUCAUGGACGCGAGCCCAUGUGAGCCAACUGUAGCCUUUUUUCUCACUUGUUCGACUACGCAGCACAGGAAAAAGAAGAAAUAUUCGGUACAAGUUUAAAAGACUACACUGUACUUUAUUUGUUGGGUAUGACGCAUUUGCCCAUUAACAUUCGGGGGGGGGGCUUUCUCACCAAAAAUGUUCUCACGUUUUCCCUUAUGUCAGUGUGAUAUCUAUGGAAGGCAACUGACGAAGAAGUGUAUCGAAGCGUCCUACACGCCGGCACAUUUUCGGGAAUCUUGUUUCCAUACACAUCUACAUUAUUUGUGGACACCUGCACGGUGUGGAUCUCUGGCUCUUAGAUGCAAGGAUGCGUCUAUACAUCUACGUGCAAAGAUAUAUACUUACAUGCAGGUACGGCUACG